CUCUGACGUCACGACGAAGCGUGCCUCGUCCGGAGCGCGUGUGUGUGCUGCUGAUGAGAGUGAUGCAUGUGCAGCAUGCUACUGCGCAUGUUGCAUGACAGGUACACGCCAGCAUCCAUCUUUGGCUUCGCGAGCGAAAGCGAAAGGGAGCCGCGGGAAACCCAGACAGCCGCCAGAGAAACCCCCCCUCGCGACCACCCCGGGUCAGAGAGACCACCUCGAGACCCCCGGGAUGUGACUGCAGCCCCUCUGGACCACCGCCCGAUGGAUAGCCUCGUGCCGCGGCGGGUCAGGAGCGCUCUGUGAACCGUUCAGCUCCAUCCGUUCACUCCGACACGAACCGAAGAACGAAACCCAACACGGUGAACUGAUCUGGGACCAGCAGGAUGGGUGUGGUCCGGCUGUCCGUCUGUCUGCUGCUCCUCCUGGUCUGUCUGGAGCCGAUCAGCUCCAGGGAGAAAGGAAACAAGAAGGGCAAGAAGAAGGGGAAGCAGGUGUUCUGCCCCUCACAACUGUCACCGGAGGACCUGGCCCGCGUUCCCGCCAACUCCACCAGCAACAUCCUGAACCGCUUACUGCUCCCCUACGACCCCCGCAUCAGACCCAACUUCAAAGGCAUUCCUGUAGAGGACCGCGUCAACAUCUUCAUCAACAGCUUCGGAUCCAUCCAGGAGACGACGAUGGACUACCGGGUUAACAUCUUCCUGCGGCAGCGCUGGAACGACCCGCGCCUCCAGCUGCCCCAGGACUUCAAGUCGGACUCGCUCACCGUGGACCCGGGAAUGUUCAAGUGCCUGUGGAAGCCCGACCUCUUCUUCGCCAACGAGAAGAGCGCCAACUUCCACGACGUCACGCAGGACAACAUCCUGCUGUUCAUCUUCCGCAACGGAGACGUGCUCAUCAGCAUGAGGUUGUCGGUCACUCUCUCCUGCCCGCUGGACCUCACCCUGUUCCCCAUGGACACCCAGAGGUGCAAGAUGCAGCUGGAGAGCUUCGGCUACACCACGGAGGACCUGCAGUUCGUGUGGCAGACCGGAGACCCCGUCCAGAUGGACGCCAUCGCGCUGCCGCAGUUCGACAUCAAGCAGGAGGACAUCGACUACGGCAACUGCACCAAGUUCUACGCCGGGACAGGCUACUACACGUGUGUGGAGGUGAUCUUCACGCUGCGCCGCCAGGUGGGCUUCUACAUGAUGGGCGUGUACGCCCCCACCCUGCUCAUCGUGGUCCUCUCCUGGCUCUCCUUCUGGAUCAACCCCGACGCCAGCGCCGCCCGCGUGCCCCUGGGCAUCCUGUCGGUGCUCUCCCUGUCCUCAGAGUGCACCUCCCUGGCCUCGGAGCUGCCUAAGGUGUCAUACGUGAAGGCCAUCGACAUCUGGUUGAUCGCCUGCCUGCUGUUCGGCUUUGCCUCGCUGGUGGAGUACGCCGUGGUGCAGGUGAUGUUGAACAGCCCCGCCCGCAUCCUGGCCGAGAAGGCCAAGAUGGCCGCCAAGGACAAGGCGGAGGGGAAGACCCCUCCCGCCGGAAAGAACACGCUGAACGGGACAGGGGGCACGCCGCUCCACGCCGGCACGCUGCACGUAGUGGAGAGUCGCUGUAAGAAGGUGUACACCUCUAAGUCGGACCUCCGCACCAACGACUUCAGCAUCGUGGGCUCGCUGCCGCGCGACUUCGCCCUCUCAAACUUCGACUGCUACGGGAAGCCGGUGGAGCUGUUCCCCGGGACCAAGGGCCACGCCAAGGCCCACCGGAGACCCCCGCCCCCAAAGGCCGUCAUCCCCUCGGCCGCCAAGAGGGUGGACCUCUACGCACGCGCCCUCUUCCCCUUCACCUUCCUCUUCUUCAACGUGGUCUACUGGUCCGUUUACCUGUAGACCCCUACUUGUAGACCUGUAGACCUCCAGUACCAGUCUACCAGUAGACCUGUAGACCCCCAGUCCAUCUGUAGACCACCAGUCUACCUGUAGACCUGUAGUCCUGUAGACCCCCAAUCCACCUGUAGACCUCCAGUCUACCUGUAGACCUGUAUCCCUGUAGACCCCCAGUCCACCUGUAGACCCCCAGUCCACCUGUAGACCCCCAGUCUACCUGUAGACCCCAAGUCCACCUGUAGACCCCCAGUCUACCUGUAGACCUGUAGACCCCCAGUCCACCUGUAGACCCCCAGUCUAACUGUAGACCCCCAGUCUACCUGUAGACCCCCAGUCCACCUGUAGACCCCCAGUCUACCUGUAGACCUGUAGACCCCCAGUCCACCUGUAGACUCCCAGUCUACCUGUAGACCUGUAGAACCCCAGUCUACCAGUAGAUCUGUAGACCCCCAGUCCAUCUGUAGACCACCAGUCUACCUGUAGACCUGUAGACCCCCAAUCCACCUGUAGACCUCCAGUCUACCUGUAGACCUGUAGACCCCCAGUCCACCUGUAGACCCCCAGUCCACCUGUAGACCCCCAGUCUACCUGUAGACCCCAAGUCCACCUGUAGACCCCCAGUCUACCUGUAGACCUUUAGACCCCCAGUCCACCUGUAGACCCCCAGUCUACCUGUAGACCCCCAGUCCACCUGUAGACCCCCAGUCUACCUGUAGACCUGUAGACCCCCAGUCCACCUGUAGACCCCCAGUUUACCUGUAGACCUGUAGACCCCCAGUCCACCUGUAGAAUCCCAGUCUACCUUUAGGCCUGUAGACCCCCAGUCCACCUGUAGACCCCCAGUCCACUUGUAGACCCCCAUUCUACCUGUAGACCUGUAGACCUCCAGUCCACCUGUAGACCCCCAGUCUACCUGUAGGCCCCCAGUACCAGUCUACCUGUAGACCCCCAGUCCACCUGUAGACCCCUUGUACCAGUCUACCUGUAGACCACCAGUACCAGUUUCCCUGUAGACCCCCAGUACCAGUUUCCCUGUAGACCGCCAGUACCAGUCCACCUGUAGACCACCAGUACCAGUCUACCUGUAGACCACCAGUACCAGUAUACCUGUAGAACCCCAGUACCAGUCUACCUGUAGAACACCAGUCUACCUGUAUACCAGUAGAAGACUUAUGUAAUCUUCUUCCACUAGUUAACAAAUAGUUAACUACUAGUUAACCAAACAGAAGACCACUGCCAGUCGUUUACCACUAGUUAACCAAUCAGUAGACCACUAACAGUAGUUACGCACCAGUUAACCGACCACUAGCCCUCUAACACUAGUUUACCACUAGUUAACCUAACAGUAGACCACUAACACCAAUUUAACUCCAGUUGAACACGAGUUAACCACUAGUUAAUCAAUCAGUAGACCACUGCCACUAGGUAACCACUAGUUUAAGAAUCACUGGGCCACUAACACUAGUGAGCCACUAGUUAACCAAACAGUGCACCACUAACACUAGUUAACCACUAGUUAACAACUGGGGAACCAAUCGGUAGACCAGAGCCAAUAGUUAACCAACUCGUAGACCACUAACACUAGUUGACUAAUCUGUAGACCACUGCUACUCGUUAACCACUAGUUAACCAAUCAGUAGACCACUGCCACUAGUAAACCACUAGUUAACAACUAGUUAUCCAAUCAGUAGACCACUAACACUAGUUAACCAAUCAGUAGACCACUAACACUCGUUAACCAUUCAGAAGACCACUGUCACUUGUUAACCACUAGUUAACCAAUCAGUAGACCACUGCCACUAGUUAACUACAAGUUAACCGAUUUGCUUACCCACCGUUUACCAACCAGUAGACCACUAACACCAGUUUACCAAUCAGUAGAGCACUGCCACUAGUAAACCAGUAGUUAACCACAAGUUAACUGACUUGUUUACCCAUUUGUUGACCAAACACCAUACUGCCCUUUUGCUACCUGCCCCUCAGAAUGACCUCAUUAUUCACUGGUUCAUAUUCCUCAGUAUGACCUCAUUAUUCACUGGUUCAUAUUCCUCAGUAUCACCUCAUCAUUCACUAGUUCAGUCAUAUUCCCCAGCAUGACCUCAUUAUUCACUAGUUCAAUCAUAUUCCUCAGCAUGACCUCAUUAUUCACUAAUUUAUAUCCUGAGUAUGACUUCAUUAUCCACUAGUUCAUUCAUGUUCCUCGUAUGACCUCAUUAUUCACCAGUUAAUUCAUGUUCCUCAGUAUGACCUCAUUACUCACUAGUUCAUAUUCCUGAGGACUGAUUACCUCAUUAUUCACUAGUUCAGUCAUGUUCCUCAGCAUAACAUUAUUCACCAGUUCAUUCCUGUGUUUAAUGCUGUAUAUACUUAAGACCCCUUGAUUAAGUAAAUGUUUUGUAUCAAACUUUAUUAAAUCACUUGAAUCAAUUUGAAACCUAAAUGCUGGCCUUUUAUCAGAUUGAAAUAUUAAAUAUCAGAUUAAAUAUGUAAAACAUAUCUAGAUAAGUCUGAGUCUAUCAGAUAGCAGUUUAGCAGUGUGUAAAUAUUGUGUCCUUGUGAUGUUACCAUGGAAACUUCAUACCAUUGAGUUUUCAAACUUUAUUUGUAUUGACCUUGCAUGUUGAAAGGUGCAUGUAUAUGAAUUUGAACCAUAUGAAAUAUAGACACCUACUUCCUGUCCGAAGGUCACGUGACACUACCAAAGCUCCACCAUGUGACCUCCCCCCCCUUGUGUGAUUGGGCCGCUGUCGACGGCCAUGUCUUGACUUUGUACAAUUUACAAAUAAAAGAUGAUUUAACAAAGCAAA